GUUUAACAGUUAAUUAUAUCCAGGAACUUUUUACUCUCAGCCAGUUACAAGCGAUGAAACCAUUGGAAGAAAAAAUCUUCUUGAACGUUGGGGGUCUCCGGUAUGAGACCUAUGCCAGCACCCUCCAGGUGUUCCCUGGCACUAAGCUAUGCCGCCUGACGGAGCCCCAGGCAGCCGCCACCUUUGACUAUGACCCGGACACCAAGGAGUUCUUCUUUGACAGAAGUUCCUACCUCUUUGAGGAGGUGCUCAACUACUACAGGACCAAAGAGCUUCACUGCUCUGACUUGAUCUGCAAGUCAGUCCUGGAUGAGGAGCUGGCCUACUGGGAGCUUGGCGAUACCCCCCUGGCACCCUGCUGCUGGCAGAAAUUGACCAUCGCUGAGGGGCAAAAGGAAGAGUAUGGCAUCCCGGAGGAAAACCAAGAGGCCGCUGGGCUCCUGGAGCAGGCGGGAAGGAACCAGAGUGCCUGGAGGGGCCGAUGGCAGAGCAGAAUCUGGACCACAUUUGAGAAACCCUUCUCCAGUUUAAGCGCAAAGGUCUUGGCUGCUGUGUGUCUCCUCUUCAAUAUAGGGAUAUGCUGCCUUUUUAUUGCCAAAACCUUUGAAGACGCCCCUUAUUUUCCUGUUUACAUCCUGGGAAACCAGAUCAAUCUUAUUUCAGUCCUACACACUGUGGCUGACUAUGUCCUUUACUUGGAACUUUUUUGUGUCCUUUGGUUCAUGCUUGAAUUUUUUUUGCGACUCAUUUCUUGCCCAAAUAAGAAGAAAUUCCUCCAAAGCCCACUGAAUGUGGCCGAUUUUCUCUCCCUCUUCCCCAUUUGCAUUGAAGUUUCCUUCUAUGGGCAUCCCACAAUCCAUCAGCAAUUUUUAUUUUGGUUGGAUUUUUUGCGUGCCCCAUAUUACUUCAAACUCUUGAAGGUUCUCAAGCUGGUGGAGACCCCUGUGAUGCUGAGAGUGCUAUCUUAUACCUCCAGGGCUGCCAUCAGAGAGAUCCUCGUCCUCCUCAUGAUUUUAGUCUUUGAAAUCCUUUUCUUUGGUUCUCUCUGUUAUUUUGUAGACAUAAUUGAAGAUAAUGCAUAUACACAAUUUGCUGACAUCGGCUCAGCUUUCUGGUGGGCAGUGGUCACCUUGACUACUGUAGGUUAUGGAGAUGUUGUACCCAACUCUCUAGUUGGUAAAAUGUUUGGAGCCUGCACAGCACUAUGUGGUGUACUAACCAUUAUCAUCCCGAUUCCCUUCUUCUGUAUCAAAUUCCAAGGUUAUUAUGAUGCUAUCAUGAUCAAAGAGAAGAGAAAGAAUAAAAAAAAAAACCUACUCACCUUAGCAUCAUGAUGGAUGGGCAGGAUGCUUCCAAUGUUUCAUCGGAAAAAGACAUGUACUUCCAAACAGUUCCUGCUGUCCUGCAUCGUGUGUCUUCUCCUGCCUGAAUGAUUAAUGGUUUCAUAAAGCCACUCUCAUUCUGCUCCCGGAACUUCUCCACAAUGGACAUGAUCAUUCCCAUGAAAGUCUUAUUUUCAAAAU